GCCCCGCCUCGCGUCUGGGGCCGGUUGCGCAUGCGCGGGGCUCAGGAGCAGGCGGGAGGCGGCGCCGCUCAGCGCUGUGGCCGCCGCUGCCGCAGCGCCUCGCUGGGCGCCUCGCUGCGCCCUGCCCCCGGGGCUGCGAGCCCGGUGCCCCCAGCCCCGCGGCCCGCCGGGGCUCGGCUCCUCUGCCCCCGCCCGAGGCGGGGCCGUGUCCGCGUCCGCGUCCCCGCCGCAGCAUGAAGAGGCUCUUCGGGUUUGGGAGGAAGAGGAAGGGGCCGCCGCCGUCCGGCGGCGCUUCCCCGCCCUGCAACCCUGGUGCCUACGAGCUCCGCGAGAAGGAGCUGGGCAAACUGCACCGCGCAGCCGCCAGCGGCGACCUGGCCCAAGUGCGGCAGGCGCUGAGGAAACGCAACAUCGACGGGCGGGACAAGGCGAAGCGGACACCUCUGCAUCUUGCUUGCGCUAAUGGACAUUCGGAGGUUGUUUCGUAUUUAGUAGAAAACAAGUGCAAGCUAAAUCUUUGUGACAGUGAUGACAGAUCACCAUUGAUGAAGGCGGUACAGUGCCAGCAAGAACAAUGUGUUGCCAUUCUGCUAGCGCAUGGUGCCGACCCUAAUCUUGCAGAUGCUCUCGGCAACACUGCCCUUCACCUCGCUGCCCUUGCUCCUAACGCCUCUCUAGCAGGGCAGUUACUGGAGCACAAUGCCCAUAUUGAUGCAAGAAACGAGGAGGGAUGCACACCCCUUUCUCUUGCUGUGUCUGAACAUCACAAAGAGAUGGUGGAGUUCUUGCUUGGAAAAGGAGCUGAUGUGCACACUCGAGAUCAGUCUGAAAGGACCCCACUUAUGACAGCCGCUUCUGGCGGGGAAUUGAAUUUAAUAAAAGUUCUACUUCGAUAUGGUGCUGAUCUUUCCCAUAAAGACGUUAAUGGAUGGACAGCUGAGGAUUAUGCUGUUAUUCAUGGAUAUUCUAGUGUUAGUCAACACCUGGCAGACUGCGCAGAUGUCAAAAAUGCAGGAGAAGCUUCUGCAGGUGGCACAAAAGUCAUGCCAGUGCUUAGCACUUCUUGCAAGGCAGGAGCUGCUGGCUUUGCAUUGGGUGCCCCUGCUCUGGACAGAGGAGUGAUAGAUGACUUUUCCCAUGGAGACUCAAUAAGAAGUUCUGAGAAAGAAGAUAGUGAUGACACUUGGCAUACUUCUGAAGAAGAAGAACUUGAUUUUACUCCCAAGAAGCCACAGAAGCCAAACUUGACGCUGCUAAUGAAUGCUUCCCAACAGCUGAGGAAAAACAAUGAUGGUGAUGGUUCUAGAAUUGAAAGUCCUAAGUCACCAAAGGAAAACCUCAAACAAGUAACACCGUCAGACACAAACCUUAGCAAAGGAGAAUGUGAAGAAUUGAAUCAAGAUGUUUCAGAUGCAAGCAACCUGGAGGAAGAAGAAUCGGAGGAAGAGGAGGAGGAAGAAGAGGAAGAAGAUGAAAAUGGUGAUGGUGGGGAUGUUGAAGACUAUGAAGAGGAUGAGGAGGAAGAUCUUACUCAAGAUGAAAAGGCGGAGGAAGAUCUGGAAGAUGAAGAAGAAACUCAAUCUGAUGACAUAGUGGAGGAGGAGCAGGGGGAAAAAAUGGAAGCGAAGGGGGAAAUAAAUCAGGAAUUGGGGCAUUUUAGUAGUGCCAAGUAUGAAGGGGAAGCUCAGUGUGGAAUGGGAAAUGUCUGUGAGGAUCAUCAUAAAAUAUGUGGAGAACUUGAGAAAAUGGAGGAAUGUGACACUCCUGUGUCUUUUUUAGCUGGGUGUUAUGAAAAGUCACAAGAAAAUAUAAUGCCUCUGUCUCCUCCAAUAAUGAGUAAUGAAAUAUCUUACAAGUCAGUACCAAAAGAAGCUGUUUUUCAAUAUCUAAAUAAUUUGCAAGAUAGAGAGGAAAGCUGGAAAAUGAAAUGUGUGACUCGGGAAGAUUUUCACAGAAAUACUGACUCCUGUUUUGCAGACUCUGAAAUGGCAGACUGGAAAAAAGAGACAGCUUUGCCUCUCUCAGACAGCUGUGGUCUCAAAGAGAAAAAAUCAAGUUUUGAUGAUGUCUUUGAAAGUGGUAAUAAUUCUUGUUCAGAAGCAGAAAACCCAAGGCUUGAAAGUCAAAGGCAGAACUCUGUGGUUCUUGAAUGCCUGGAUGCUGAAGAUGCUCAAGAGGAGCAAUGCGAAGAAGUAGAUAAUAAAGUCUGUGAAGCACUGGAACAAGAAAGUGAAAGCUUUUGCUUAAAGAGCUAUGAAGAAAAACUAAGAUCAGCAUUUCCCUCAAGUACCAAAGAAGAAUCAUCUGAAGAGGAAGAAAAGGAGGAGGAGGACAAUGGUGAAGAGGACCUGCAAGGUGCAGGUGUUGAGGGUGUGAAAAAUUUUGUUUGUGAUGACAGCCUUCAAGUCCGGAAUGCUUCAGAAGACCAUGCUGAUGUGAGAAGUGUUACGUCGGCAGCAGGAGUGAAGCAGGAGGAAGACAGCGACUCUCCGUGGGAUUCUGAGCCUGAUUCUGAAAGUCUGAGAAAUCGGUCGGCCAGUGUGCUGCUUCUGCCUGCAGACAGACGUGGAACGUGCUUGCACAGUAUUUCAAGGGAGCAAGAUAAUGGCUUUUCAGAGAAACCCAGCGAAUCCCAGCAGAAGAUCUCCGAAUCAAUUUUAGAAACAAAUGAAACCUCUCCUAAAAGAGGAAGGCAAAAAUCAGGUGAGUACUUGGAACCUACCUUUCAUGUGUCAUCCUCAGCUGAGAAAAAGGAAACCAUCAAAGAUCCUAUUGAAAACUGUGGGAGGCAGGAUAAAUAUGUUUUAGAAACUACCAACUUGAUAGAGAAAACAACACAUGAAAAUCAGACUGACAAAGCAGAGGUUUCACAUCAGGAAGCCCUAGCACAAACUGAUGAAUUGCACGGUACUGACAAGCAGUUAAGUCUAAAACCUUGGGAAGAAAGAUAUGAAAGAAUAUGGGUUGAAAAUGAGAAAAGGGAAUUGAAAACAAAUUUUAAAAACAUUACGGCAGAGCUGAAGCAGAUAUUUGGUGAAGUUAAUGAAACUGAUAAAACUGCUUGCCUUAUGGGAGAAAUGUCAGAAGAGGACUUCAGUGAAGAAUUGAAGAGUUUACAUGUAGUUUCACCUCAUGCGACAGAAUCAAGUAAUAAGAUAGAAAGUAAACAUGAAUUUGGAGAUAUGAAACUUGUGCUAGGCCUGAAACAACCCAAAAUGGAAAUCAUAAUUCCAAGUCCUGGUGUCCUUUCUGGUCAAAAUAACUUAAAUACAAACAUGGAAGAUACCUGCAGUAGAGAUGAAGAAGACUGCAGUAAUGAUACAGAUAAUAUGGAAGUACCUAUAGAGAAAGGAGAGGGAAAGCAAAUACCUGCUGUGGAGAUGGAAAAGAAUGAGAAUGGAAAUAGUAGAAAUGUAGAAGGAAGUCCUGAACACUCUCUGAGACAUUACUUAAAAACAAGCAUUUUGGAUGACGUUUCUAAUAUUUUUCCGAAGAUGAGACCUGUUUCUACAAAUGAUAAAAAGGCACUUUGUUUUGUAACAGAAAGGGAAUUUGGAAAAGACUCCCGUUUUAAUGACGAUGUUUCCAGAGACUACCUUACCAACAAUCAUAAAAUAGCAGAAACAGAAAUUGAAUGGGUUUUUGAAAAUGCUCAGCAAUCUUGUGGCGUACUGAAAAGGAAUCUGGAUGAAGAACUAGAACAAGAUAUGGAAAGAUUUAAGAGUAAGGUAGGAAUGCUGCAAAUAGUAUUCCUGGCUUUGGAGAAAGAGAAGGUACAGCUGCAAAAAGAGGUUGAAGAGGAAAAAAGAAAGCAAAGAUGUUUCAAAAAGCAGACAGUGGCGAAACAAGAUCUCGGGCAAUUAAACAUACUGCCAGGCAAUGCUACUAAUCAGCAAAUGAAACAAAAGCUUCCUCUAAAGAAGAGCGACUGUCUUAGAACAGAAAAUGAAGAAAUGGAAGAAGAAAAACACAAAAAGGUCUUUUUGUCCAAGAAGAGAUCAAAAUUAAUUGAAAUGCCACUGAAAAGUAAAUCUGCCCUGAAUGCAAAAGGUGCAAAGAGAAAUGGGAGUAAAAAACAGACUUCAAAGCAAAAGGCUAAUCAGCAGAUGAGUUCUUCCAGUGGGAUUCAUUUUCAAGUACUGGAUGAUAGCACUUUCAGCGAAACAUCCCAAGAUGAAGGGAGACCUGCAGCAAAAAGGGGGAGUGAAAAGAACAAGGUCAACAUACAGAUGGAUGUCACUGACCUUGAUUUAACUCAGUCAUCUGACACAACUACAGAGGAUGUUGAAUUGCCAACUUCAGCCUACAAAGAGGCUAUGUUACUGAUAGAACAGCUGAGUGUAGAUCAUACAGGUUCUGCUAGUUUGUUGAAAAUUCAGAACAUACUUCUUGAAUAUGAGCAGAUAAUAGAAUGUGAAAAAAAUCGAUACAGAGAGCUCUGGAGAGAAGUAAGAAAAUUGGAAAGUGAGAAGGAGGAGUCACAGUUAAUAGCGAAAGAGACUCAAGAUUUGAAAUCCAUAUUGGCUCAUCAAGAAGUGGAAUGGAAAAAUGAUAUCCAAAGCCUUAAGUUUACUUUGAAACAAGAAGAGGAGAAGAGGCUCAGAGUAGAAAUGCUAUAUGAGAAAACCAGAGAACAGCUAAGAAAGAAAGAAGAUCACUAUUGUAAAGAGAUGGAGGAGAAACAACAGCUUGAGUUACACUCAAGGAAUUUAGAAAUGGAAUUAAUAACACUGAGAACGCUCUUGAAACAGGUUGAAGAAGAACGUGAUGAAACACAGAGACAGCUCUCUCAAGAAAAGAGUGCCAGAGCCCUACAAGAAGGAAUUUUGAACAGCCAUCUUUGGAGACAGAAGGAAAUAGAAGAAGAAACAAGAACUAUAGUAAAAGGUUCAGAGGUAUCUGACAGCAAUGAGAGAGAAAAGGAUCUGUUGUACAAAAAUCAGUUACUACAAGAUGAAAUGUCUGUACUAAGACUAGAGGUUGAUCAAGUAAGACUUAGGAGCCAGGAGGAAGAAGCCAAAUAUUUAGAGGAAAAUGAGACUUUGAAAGAAAAAAAUGAAGAUCUUAAAAAGGAACUUAAACUAAAUGAGGAAGCUUUAACACAAACCGUUCUUCAGUACAGUGGACAGCUGAACUUAUUAAAGACGGAAUCGGCCGUACUGACUUCCAAACUGGAGCAGACAAAAGAAAGCAAAGAUAGACUAGAGACAGAGAUUGAAUCAUUCCGCUCCCGCCUGAGCUCUGCUGUUCAAGACCUUGAACGUCAUCAGGCAUCGAAAAGCGACAUUGAGCGAACAUUUCAGAGAGAACGUGACGAGUGGCUUCGUUUGCAGGACAAGCUCCAUCGUGACCUCUCUGAUGCACGAGAAACCGGCAAGAGCUUGUCUCAGCAGCUGAGCAAAGCUGAGAGCAAAGCUACUGGUCUAGAAAAUGAACUUCACCAAUCAAAACAAACACUUAGAGAAAAAACAUUGCUUUUAGAAAUGACACAAAAAGAAUUAAGUCAAGCCCAAUGUCAGGCAAAGGAAUGUGAUCGUGCUCGACAGCUUGAGAAAGACCAAGUAAGCAAAUAUAUAAUAAGGCAAGAAUCUAUGCAGGAGCGAUUGGCUCAGCUCCAAAGUGAAAACCUUUUACUCCGUCAGCAACUUGAAGAUAUGCAGAACAAGGGGAUCAUCAAGGAAAAAGUAGUGAGCGAUGUCCAGGACAGAUUUAAUGAUAUUUUCAAUAAACUCAGAGCUGACACCGAAAAGCAAGCUUACCUGAUGGAGGAGAGAAACAAGGAAUUAAAUGCCAAAUGUAUUGAUUUAAGAGAACAAAUCUUUAAAUAUGAGACCGACAAAGCAGAAAGAGAGGGUAUGGUCAGACAGCUGCAGCAGGAGGUUGCUGAUGCUCUUAAAAAGCAGUCAAUGUCAGAAGCUUCACUGGAAGUUGCCACGCGUUAUCGCAGUGACCUGGAGGAAGACAAACUGCGGUUGCAAAAGGAGUUGGACAGGGUUAGAGGCAAGUUGCAGGAAUUGGAAGAACAGCAUAUUCAGUCUGAGCGUUGCGUUCAUGAUUUGGAGACUGCGUUAGAAAAUAAGGAAAGGGAAGUAAUAGCUUCUUCACAGAAACUGCAAGACCUCCUGGAAGCCUCUUUGGGAACUAAUACUACUAUAAAACAACUGGAAGAACAUGUGCAACGACUUGAAAUUGAAAAUGCCAGACUGGAAGCCACAGCCAAACAACAGACCAACAGAAUUGAAGUUCUUCAGAAAGACCUGCAAGCCUCUGCUUCUGUUCAUAAUUGUCUGGAGGACUUGAUCACUGGCUUGCGAACAGCACCUGUGCCUUCGGAGGAAGACCAAAAUCAGCAGAUGCAACAGCAGAAUGUGCUGUCUGUGACAGCAAAAGAUCCACGUGCUACGUGGGAGGAGGUGCUGAAAUCAAGAUCCCAACUGGAAGAUCGCCUUGCUCAGGUUGACAGGGAAAAGGCUGAGCUCUUGGAACAGUGUGAGACUGAAAGAAAGAAAGUGAAAAAACUGAUAGAAUUGAAACGACCAGUAGAAGUCCGUCUGGACCAAGAAAUGAAACGAAACAUUGAACUGCAGAAAGAAUGCAUCAGGUCCAAGAAGCUUCUGAAAACAGCUAUGAAGAAAGUGAAGGUGUAUGAGAUGCGAGACAGCGAGUCCCAAUUUAGUUCCCAGGGAGAAAUGAAGAACAGAUAUUCUGAAAUGGUCAAUGAAGUCAGUAGAUUAAGAACAAAGGUUGGUGAACUUUCCCAACAGCUGGAGACAGAGUCUAAAAAAUCCAUGCAGCUAGAAGAAAGAAAUCAGGAUCUAGGAGAAGAGUUGUCUUCUAUGCGUGGGAAUCAGGAAAAACUGGAGAAGAGCAAAUGCCAGCUGAAAGAAGAGGUGUCUAACCUCAAACGUCGUUUAGAGGCUAAUAUAGUGGAUCACAACCAAAUAGAACAAUAUAAAAAAGAGAUUGAAGAAAGAGCUGGACAAGAGUUGAGACAAAAACUACAAGAAGUUAACCUGUUUCUGCAGACACAGGCAGCCUCCCAGGACAGAUUAGAACAAAUAAGAGCCAGUCAUCAUGCUUCGUUGAGAAACCAGCUAAAACACAGAAUUAGAGAUCUGGAAUCAGAAUUGGAUAGAAUAAAAAGUACACAACAAGACAAUAUUUUUCAAAAAGAAUCCACACAGGCAGAAGUGGGAAAGUACAAAGAACUCUAUUUGGAAGAAGUGAAAAUUAGAAGGUGCCUAGCAAAUAAACUGGAAAGAGCUAAUGAGAGACUAGCAGAAGCCAAUGCUAAACUCCUUAACGAGCGUCAUAGAAGCAGAUCUUUAAUUGCAAGCAGCGUUGUCAGUGGAGGAGGUCUGACUGCAAGCCCAGUUCUGUAUUCAACUCAGCUGGGACAUCUCGGCAACAAUUUGGCACUGAAUAGAAGUCUUAGUCUCGGAGGAAGCUUCAUGAGCCCAAGUGGGAAUGCUUUAUCAUCAAGAAAUAGAGUUGAAGCCUAUAUGGCUAAGGUACGGCGGGAACUGGAUGAAAAAAUCACUAAAGAACUUGAACAAGCCACUGCUGAACUUGAAACUGGAUCUGCUGGAGCUUCCCCAAUGGUAUCUACUGAUGGAUCUUCAAAAAAUGUAAAUGCAGACCAGGAUCCGCUUUCCAGGGCAAUACAGGAGUACCGUGAUGUUUUAACCAAAAAUUAUUUGAUUUGAACAAAUACUAGGGAAAGGCUGUGUAAAUUAUAUGGUUUAUUUAACAUGUUAAUGGUUUUCCAUUAGAUGGUUUAGAUGUGAAAAAUCUUUAUUGCAGUUUGAAUAUAAACUCUAACUGUAUUAAAUGGAUGUCAAGCACAUUGCACUUGUCUGUAAAGAAUAUUGCAGGGAUGUAUCGUUUAUUUUGUACUCACAAUAAGAACCAUAUCUAAUUUUUGUGACUAGCAGAUUGACUAGUCUUAAUUCCUGAGCUUGACAGAACUGCUGAAAUGUCUCUUACUAGAGCAGAUGCAUUGUCUUGCCCCAUUCAUGUUCUGUGUUUUAACCAAAGCAUUCCCUUUGUUCUUUUUCAUCCUUUUCAUUUUAUGUGAAUUUAAGUAAUGUGCUAAGUAUCAAAAUAACACUAGAAACCUUAAUCAGUUUUAUGCCCACUACUUCUGUCCUGAUGCAGUGAAUAUUUAUGUUGAUUAACUGAAUGUUUCACCAGUGUUCAAGCUGGAAAAUAGGGCAUUUUACAUUGCUGUCACCUUUAUGUGCUUCAAGUUAAAAAGUUAGCUUGUAGCAGUGCCAAGAAAACUGAUGUGUAGUCUUUUUGGUAUGUUUGUUUCAGUAUCUCAUGUUGAUUUUUGUAUUGUAUAGUGCUGCAGCUUUAGACACUUGCAGUCACUAGAUGAACAUCUAUGCUGCACCUGAAACACUUUGUAAAGGAAAAAGGAAUGUUGAUAUAUCAACCUUCAGUUUUCUCAAUAUUUUCCAAAAUUUAUGUGACAGGAUGGCUAAACUUUUUGUUGCUGCUGUAGUGGCUGAUGAUGUGGUGGCUGUAACCCUGGUGAAGGGCAGUCCUGUGGGGCAUUUGCAUCAAGAACAAGUAGGCAGUUUGACUUACCUCAGGGAGUUAUGCACUGAAGAUCAGUAUUUGCCGUUUCAUGUCUCUAGAAGUUCUUAGUGAUAAGAAGAUCCUAAAACGGAGGAAGAACUAAUUCCAGAAAGUUAAAGAAUAGUUAUACCGAAUUGAAUGCAGACUGAAAAUAUUUGGUUUUACCUACCAAUUCAAGGACUUAAGGUUACUAGGCAGUGAGGAAAAGCAACAAACGCUGCCAUCACUCUUUGCGGCUUUUUUUUAUAGUAGUGCAGAGUAUUAUCAACACAAAACCGUUGUAUUUAAUUCAAAAUAUUGUUCCAAAUUUGUAAUUAAUAAAUUUUGUAUUCUAGUA